AAUUCUUGCGACAAAGCUUUCAGCGCUUUUGCGGACACGAAUUUAUCUACAUAUGAGACAACAGCCGGCCUUUGACACCUAAUACCAGAGUACGCAGCUAUACUUUUUCUUGGUUCACCGAACAAGAAUCGCCGGGACGCCGCAGAAGCCGCCCUAACCGGCAUUGUUGCCGAUCGGGCUCCAUACCAAAGAACCACAAAGGCGACAAACCCCCCCGAAAAGAUACCGUAACGAAAACACUGUCGACAAGUAUGAUUGAAAGGUGACGGUACAAUGGAUGCGCGUGUUAAGCUAGGAGAGUCGUCGGAGGGCGUCGUGGCAACCGAUCGUAAAGAUUUUAGUGAUGGCACUGAAACACAACCGGAGAGCUCAGGCGACCGUGACGCUCAGCAGCAAAGCUUCCAACAUGAUAACCCUAGUUCUCGCACCGGGCUGGAGGGGGCGAACAUUCCAGCGGACUCAUCCAAAGGAACCAGGCAGCUUGAAAUCCACAAUCCGAGUUCGACAGAAACGAGCGAGUCCCCGCCAACAACAGACUUGACGGACGGGCAGAGUCCUGACAAGUUAAUUCCGUUGCGCAAUUCCAGCAAUCAUUCUCGACGGAUCCAAUGGCCGCAUUGGAAACUGCGGCCAGCAGAUGAUGACGAAGAACAGAACUGGUGGUUUGCAUCAACAGCUAUUCCUUUGAUCGCCGCUACAACCGGGCCAUUGGCCAAUGUUCUUUCCAUUGCUGCGCUGGUCACAAAAUGGAGAAAUCAUGUACCUAUUGAUGGUGGCCCAGAAAUUCCCGAUCCGCAUUGGUGUAUUGCCCUCAAUGGAUGUUCUCUUGCAUGUGGGUUUACGGGUAACUUGUUUCUUCUUUUCAACUUUACUCGAAAAAUUCGAUAUAUUGUCGCCCUGCCAAUGUCUAUAAUCUUCUGGUAUUUUGCAACAGGGAUCCUCAUUGCAAUUGAAGCAUGCAUGAACAAAUAUAUCCCUCCGGCGGGGCCAGACCAAGUCUAUUCGCAAGGCUUUUGGCAUGCCGUUCUCGCCGCCAUUUUUUAUAUGAUUAGCUCAAUGAUCCUAAUGAUCAACAUGCUAGGCUACUUCUUAGGCCACUACCCACAACAUUUCACAUUGACGGACCACCAACGCACCUUGAUUCUGCAGACGAUGAUGUUCUUCAUUUGGCUCGCGGGUGGAGCCGGUGUCUUUGCUCAAGUGUGUGACUGGUCAUUUGUCGAUGCUCUAUACUUCUGCGACGUGACCAUUCUCACUGUAGGCUUUGGAGACUAUAUUCCCGUGGACGAUGCAGCAAGAGGUCUAGUCCUUCCAUACUCUGUCGGGGGCAUCAUCAUCCUCGGUCUCAUGGUGAACAGCAUCCGAAACUUCUCACUUGAGCUGAGCCGCGAAAAAAUCAUCAAGAGACACGUUGAGCGAAAACGAGCACGUACGAUUGAAAAAGUGGUCACCACUUCGACCGAAAUCCAACAACGUAUGGCCACGCUCGAGCGCCGACCAUCAUUCAUUUCCUCCCCGAUGAGCCCGCGCGAAAUUUUCGUCAAGAUACCUGCGCCCCAAGCUGGACAGAAACCACUACAUGUGGCUGCGCAGCGCUUCACCGACCGGCUUAACCAACACGAAGCCGAGAAAGAGAAGGAAGAGGAGGAGAAGGAGGAGGCCGCCAAGAAGGAGACCGAGGCUGAAAUGGAAAAGGCUCGUCAAGCCCGUACACAUCAUCCUCAUAACAACCAUUCGCCGCAUAUUCCUGGCCAAAACUCAAUACCUCUUCUCCGGCCCAAAGCCAAGCUCAUCUUGCUACGCGCCGAAAAGGACCGAUUCCUCGCGAUGCGUAAUAUUCAGCGCUCCAUGGCGCGCUUCAAGCGAUGGUACGCACUCAGUCUCAGCGUCACUGCAUUUGCGCUCCUUUGGUGUCUGGGAGCCGUUGUUUUCUGGCGCGCAGAAAGGGAGGUACAAGGCAUGACAUACUUUAAAGCAUUGUACUUUUGCUACGUGUCUCUCUUGACGAUUGGAUACGGAGACCUCGCGCCAAAAUCAAAUGUCGGCAAACCCUUCUUCAUCGUAUGGAGUCUUAUUGCUGUGCCCACCAUGACCAUCCUCGUCAGCGACAUGGGCGACACAGUGAUACACGGGUUCAACCGCGCUACCUUUGUUCUUGGCGACUGGACCAUUUUGCCCAAGGCCGGGCUAUGGAAUUCCUUUCUCGAGAAGAAUAAAUGGGCCGUAGGGUGGUGGGGGAAAUUUGUCGAAUGGAGGGAACAGAAACAACUACGCCGCGAGCAGGAGAAACGCAUUGCCGAAGGCUUUCCCAUCGGCCCAGCCCCCGGUGAAGGUAGCGAUGACUAUGUUGCAGCGGACGACCCCGAAGCUGGGAGUGCGAGUCCGGAUGUGCUCAUGAGCUCCCGCGGCACAAGUAGGAACAACGCGCGGUCGCGGUCGAAUGCAACCACCCGCGAGCAGUCUCGACCAACCCUCGAGACCCUUGCCACUGAGGAAUUAGACGAACGUGCGCUCGCACGCAGACUCACCGCGGCCAUUCGACGCGUCGCGGACGAUCUGAAACUGGGCAGUACACGCAAAUACGAAUAUGAAGAAUGGGUCGAGUUUACCCGGCUGAUUCGCUUUUCGGCAUUGGUUGGAAGAAAGGGAAAUCGCAGGGCCUCUCGAAGUGGUGGCCGCAGUGGUGUUGGUGGUGGUAGCGGUGGUGGCAGAAACAACAAUGGCCAGGGUGCAGAAGGCGAUGACAAUGAUGAUGAUAAUGAGAUGGAAGACGAUAUCGAACAAGAAGAGCAAUCCCUUGGCUUGGUCGACUGGGACUGGAUCGGCGAAGACAGUCCGAUGCUCGCAGACCAGACGGAACCGGAAUGGGUUCUGGAUCGAUUAUGCGAGAGCCUGGACCGGUAUUUCCGUCGCACUAUCCCGCCGCCAUCAUCGUCGUCAAGACGUUCUCGGAGCAAACGGAAACGGACAAGGCAAGGCAGGACUCAACUGCGGUUUCAUGACGAGCACGACAAUGAUGACGAUGGAGAUGGAGUUGGAUCGUGAUUGAGUUUGUUUUUGUGUCGGCUUAGUUGUUCCAUUAUAUGUGUUCGCUUUGGUUGUUCCAUUAUACGUAUUGGCCUUUUUGUUUUGAUUAUCAGUAUAUCUGUUUGAUUAUACGUGUAUGUCAAAGGGCGUUCUUUUCCUGCUUAUUGCGGGCGCAACGGUGCGCAUCUUAUAGUUGGAAGAUUUCCAAGUACAAGGAGUUGGAUACUGGUACCAGAGGGGUUACGGGAUAUACAGAUACCCUUUUUUUGUCCAACGUUUUUGUUUUGUCUCACUUGUAUGAUACAGUACGUUUUUUUAGUAUGUCUUUAGGGAAACAAAGAGUUCGGCUGCGCUUCAGUGGUUCCAUACUAGAUCGAUAUGCAGCCCGAUAUACAACAGAAAUACCAUAUACUAUAUGAUCUUUAGGGCGUUAAGCGGUAAACGGAAAGAGGUAGAUAGAGCGAAGUAUUAUAAAGGGCGGG